GUUAACAUGAGGGAAAAGAUGGGAGAUCAACAAAUGGUGCACUCUUAACCCUGAUCCUACCAAAAGCAUCUACUAGAUGGGAUCAGGGACAAAAGCCCCUUUUAUAUGUGGUUUGAACUGAAACAAGCUAUUCUUUAAAGUAAUAACCUCUUCUGGGAUGCAGGAAUAUUGGGUGAGCUGAAGACACGUGGCUUUUUUAAAUUAAUUUUUAGAUUGAAGAUGAAACCCAAGUCUCUCGAGCGACCCAGAGUGAGCAGGACAACUACGAGAUGCACGUCAGAGCUGCCAACAUCGUCCGAGCUGGCGAGUCCCUGAUGAAGCUUGUGUCCGACCUGAAGCAGUUCUUGAUCCUCAAUGACUUCCCCUCUGUGAACGAAGCCAUUAACCAGCGUAACCAGCAGCUGCGGGGCGUGCAGGAAGAGUGUGACAAGAAGCUGAUCUCGCUGAGGGAUGAGAUUUCCGUUGACCUGUACGAACUAGAAGAAGAAUAUUACUCUUCCAGUCUAUGUGACACCAAUGAUCUUCCUCUGUGCGAAGCCUACUGGAGAGAAGACCCUGCCGUGCUUUCCCCCGAAGGCCUCUCCAUGCCUCUGGCAGCUGCCACGGCCGAGCAGAGCACUGCGGCCCCUCAGAGCUCAACCCCAUCGCACCCUCACGUGAACGGGCACGGGGCAGGCCCGACGGAGCACUCCUGAAGAGGACGCCGUGCCUGCUGAGCUGAUGGAGUCUUCCCAGUUGCUGUAUUGAGCCAACCUUCUCCCACUCCCAGAAUACUGUACUGUAGUUGUGUUUGCAGGUCAGCUGCUGCCAUUCACUGGAUAGCAGCAGUGUCGUCUUCACCUCUUGAGCCACACCCGAGAAAGUGUUACCAGAGGGCUAUGGUAGAAGUAAUAGGCCAAUAGGAAAUUGACCGCUGUAGCAACUUUGAGCUAGGAUUUGUCUUAUGUUACCACAGGAUGACUACAUGUAGAGACCAUUAGGAGCAUGGAGUUUGUUUCCAUGUGAAUGCCAGGUUGGGAACAUGUUAUUGUGCUAUGCAGGAAUCGAGUGUAUUCUGGUUCUGAAUAGGAAAUGUGGGUCAAGGUUUGGGGUGGGGUUUUUUUUCAGUAUUUAUUUCUUCCUAAGACUCAAGUUAAUCAACAUUUGCGUGCUUCCUAUAUCCGUACUCUCAGCCUCUUCCUCGGCUGGGGUGGCACUAAAAUGACUUCUGCUGUAGUUUACAAAAAUAAUAACCUCCUUAGUAUGUGUAUAUAACACUUUUCAUCUUCAAGGUGCUCUGCAAACUUGAAUCCCUGUGUUCAGAAACUACUGAGAUGGGAGAGCUAAAGCUACCUGGACUCCUCAGAACACCCUUGCCACCGACAUAAACACUAUUCCCAUUGAAGUGCAAGGGAAACUGAGGCAGCAGUGCAGUGACUUGCCCAAGGCUAUAGAUGGAGGCAGUGUCGGGGCCAGAAUUAGAAUUAAGGACACUCUGGCUCCCAAGUGGGUGCUCAGACUACAUGUUUCUGUCAAAUGGUCGAUGAAGCUGCUAUGAAGUUAAUUUUUGGGGCAAUGAUUAGUGCUGUUUAAUCAAAGACAGGGGGGAGAGUUGGGGUUUGAUGGGUGCUCAUGGCUAAGAAGCUCUUUGGUUUCUUAGUUAAGAAGAAGCAUUCUGUGCAGUUUCCUUUUAAGAAACCAUUUCUGGUGCUUCAAUCAAAGCUAUCCAGCAGCACCUGGGUACUCAACUGUCACUGUCCUUAGUAGAGCUCUGUGUAGCUUGAAAGCUUUGUCCCUUUCACCAACUGAAGUUGGUCCAACAAAAGAUAUUACCUCACCCACCUUCUCUCUCAUACCCUGGGACCGCUGCAAACAGCUUCCUCCGUUCAGUCAUUUAAGCUAAUUCUACUUGUAUAAUUGAAAGAAAGUAUUUGAAAUGGGAUGUAACCAUUACAGAUCAAUGUCUAAACAUUGCAGAACUACUGUUGCACCCAGAAUGCAAUUAAGUCCCUGGUCAGUAUUCUACUGUAGCUUCACGCUUCUCUCUGGGGUUGUCCUCCCCCCCCCCAUUUAUUUUAUAAGUAGAUGGCUGAAUAAAAUGAACUUUGUUUUGUAUAA